GCGUGAGGCUGUCUUGAUUAUGGAAAAUUGUUCACGGUUUUUCUCUGUUUUUCUGUAAAAUAAUAAGGAUUUUUAUAUUUUUGUGUUCACUAGAAUCUAUUUGAAUAUUUACGGUUCAUUCUAUACUAAAUAACUUUACUGUAAAGUGGUUUAAUUUAUGCUUAUUUGCAAAUGAAAACAAUUUUUUUAUUUAGUGUGUUUAAUAUUUUUGAAUUUAUGUUACUACGUAUAGAAUGUACUAAAUAUAAACACAUUGAGAAGCGAUUAUUAAACACGUGAACACUGGAUGAAGUUCUGUUAGUGGAUAAACCAAUGGGCUUUGAAACAAUCAUGGCACCGGCGAUAUUAGUGACGGGCGGCGCCGGAUAUGUCGGCUCACACACGGUCAUGGCACUGCUGGAGCGACCGGAGAACGACCACGAGAUUGUUGUGAUCGACAAUCUAGUCAACGCUUUCAGAGCUGUUGGUGAAAAAAAACCGGAGCCGUUAAAGAGGAUAGAAGAAAUGACAGGCAGAAAUAUUCACUUUUAUGACGUCGAUAUAAGAGAUCAAGAUGGACUCAAUAGGAUUUUCGAAAAUCAUAGCAUACAGUGCGUUAUCCAUUUCGCGGCGCUCAAAGCGGUUGGGGAAUCUGUACAGAAACCGCUAGAAUACUACCAGGCCAAUAUAGCCGGCACCUGUACUCUUUUUGAGAUGAUGCGCACACACGGCGUAUUCAAGCUGGUAUACAGUUCGUCUUGCACCGUGUAUGGCGAACCUGAGAAGUUGCCCUUAGACGAAGGUCACCCAACCGGACAAGGAAUAGCGAGCCCUUACGGACGCUCCAAGUUCUUCUGUGAAGAAAUUAUGAAGGACUUGUGUCGAAGCGAUCAGAAAUGGAUGGUGAUAUCGCUCCGAUACUUUAACCCAGUCGGGGCUCAUCGCAGUGGACGCAUUGGGGAGGAUCCGUCCGGCCUGCCGAAUAACCUCAUGCCGUUUAUAUCGCAGGUAGCGGUAGGUCGUCUAAAGGAACUGAUGGUGUUCGGCAAUGACUACCCCACAGUGGACGGCACUGGAGUGAGGGACUACAUUCACGUGCAGGACCUGGCUGAAGGUCACGUUAAAGCCAUCAGACUUUUCCAACAGCCGGGCUUCAGUGGUUUCCAUGCCGUUAACUUAGGUACAGGCACCGGUUACUCCGUGCUCCAAAUGGUAAAAGCGUUCGAAAAAGCAAGUGGGCGCAACAUUCCAUACAAAAUAGUAGGCCGUCGGGCUGGCGAUAUUGCGGCAAACUACGCAGAUGUCUCACUCUCACACCGGCUGUUAGGCUGGCGUGCGACAAGGACGCUGGACGACAUGUGCCAAGACACGUGGCGAUGGCAAAGCGCUAACCCAGAGGGAUUCCAGAAAAGUUAAUGACUGAGAAUGGGCAAUUUUUAUAAUAAAUUAUCAAUGGUUAUAUAAAUAAAAUUUGUUGCGUCUUUCAAGCAGCAUUAACUCGACGAACGUGUAUAAACACUCGAAUUAUGCGAAAACACUUUGCAUACCGGUUAUAAAUAUUGCAUUUUGCUAAUAUUAUUCAAAAAUUUUUGCAUUAUGAACAAAAAUAAUAAAGCCUACUGUUAAAAACCAUAACUUUAUAUAAUUAGGUCCGGAAAUACAAAUUGGCUGCAAUACUUUAAACAAUCAUUUUCUUUAUUUAGCCAUUUUUAAUCGUUUAUUUUGUGUUUUGACUGAGGUUGCUAGUUUUUCCCACUCUAAAAGGGUUAUAAAAACCGAUAACUGGCAACACCGACUGUUGCUGCGAGUGCAUAAUUUUUUUUUACCAAAUAAUCCUUUACAAAAUUCUAGUAUAAAAUAGAUAUAUUCACAAAAUAGUUGCUAAAAAUAAAUUGUUAACCCCACUAGAUUUAAUAUUUAUACAUAUUUGUUCCUUAAAAAGUAAUGUACAAAUUUUGCAUUUGACUAUAUUUAAAAAUUCUAAUUAUUUAAUUCAGUUUUGACAGAAGUGACUGACAAAAAAUUGAAGCAAAAACAUACAUGACCUUACUUUAAAAUGUAAUUAAAUGUAUUUUUUUCUCUUUUAUGAAUAUGGCUUUAUUCUGAAUAGUUAUAGACAUUUUAAUAAUUGCCUGUGAUAAUUCCUUAUGUAAUUUGAUUUAUUUUAUAAUAUCCAGUGUUUUCAUAAAUAAAUAAUUAUUUAUGAGUAAGGUCGACAUUGUUAACGUUUCGGAUAAUUUAUUUUUAUAAAUUGCAUUGAAACCAGUCAUUCAACGUUCCUAUUAUCUGUUGCCAUAUUUUUAUUAUAUUUUAUAAGAUUUUUUUUCUAUAUACAACCAAAGCAAUUUCCAAAAAGUAAUGUAGUAUCACCCAGUGAUUAGAUUUCUUAGGCAUUCGCCGUUUUAAGGUAAAUAAGUGGUUAUUCGGCUUUUUUAUUAGUUUAUGGUCGUUGGACGACCAAAUCCUGAUUCUCUACAAAUUAAACUCAAAGCAAAUAAUUUAAUUAAACUUCAGAGAAAUUAAAUGCUGUCUUCUCUUUGAGAAUUCCACAUCAGUGGGUAAGUAGUUCCAGAUAAGUUUGUUGUACUUUAUUAGUGAAUCAGGACACACUUUGCUAAUUAUGUAAAUCGUCUAUUAGAUUAGAUUGGUUAUUUUACAAAAAUAAAAUUAGGUAUAUUCUAUAGGAGUGUCUCAGAGACAGCAGAUGUUACUUAAUUUCAUUUCCAUUGAUAUAUUUAAGAAAAUUUUAUAUUUAAUAUAAAUAAUAAUUAAUUGUUCUAUUUAUUAUUUCAAUAAGUACUUUAUAUUUUGCAUCAUUUAAACGGCUAUAUACUGUAGCCAGUCUUAAGUUUAUAUAUAUUCGUGCAAUGUUACCAUUCCAAAAAAUGCAUUUUAUUACCAAAAAAAUCCAAAAUAUGUUUUUUAUUUUAGGUAAA